CCUAAAGCGCGCAUGUUCCGCUGCGUCGGAGCAGAAACGUGCCACGAAAGCUCGUAAAGUCAGAGGCUGUCAUCCGCCGCAGAUCGACUGUGUGAAGUGAGGAGCCGCCUGACCAAAGCCCGGACACCCCCGCGCAGCCCCCGCUGGCGUCGCCGUCUGUCGGCCAUGAUGGAGCAGGGACGCACCGCUCGGACCUUUUGGAUGUUGUGGAUCCUUUGGGCCUCAGCUGCAGCCAAAGUUGAGACGCAUCAAACCCACUCAACACUGGGAGUUUCUGUCCCCCACCUGCACUACUACUGUCCUCAGGGUUCAAAUGCUAAACUGGUUUGUGCCCAGAAGGGGGACACCAAGUACCCCAAGGAUGUGCUGGCGAGAAGCUGGCUCUUCACACCCCACAGUGACGAACGCUGUCAGAAAAAUACUGGCCCACGAAACACAAACCCCCAUCAUCCAGGCAAAAACCAGACCGUGGGGGCGGGGCUGGAUUUCGGACACACAGGAGACCACAUGUGGGUCACCCUCCACAACGUGACGAGUGCAGACCAGGGCCGGUACUGCUGCCUGCUGCUGGACAUCAAGAAUGAAAACAAGCAUUUGACUGUAGAGCAGAGCUCCCACAGCCAUCUCAUCCUCCACGUGACUCCAUGGAAAGCAGGGUCUCCAAACUGCACCGUCUGGGAUCUUUCCCCGCCUGAAGGCUCCGUGCCCGUGGCCUUGGCCCUGGCCGCCUGCAUACUGGCCCUGCUCUCUCUGCCCCUGGUUCUGGUGCUGGUCUACAAGCAGAGGCAGAACUCGCAGUCAGGCAGACGUGGUCAGGAGCUGGUGAGGAUGGACAGUGAGGGUCAAGGUCACGAGAACCCGGUCUUUCUGGGGGAGCUGCCGCAUGCAAAGAGCCGCACCGUGUCCCAGAUCAUGACCAGACAGACGUCCGAUACCGGAUGCCAUUUGCUGUCUGACCCCGGCACCCCCCUGUCCCCCCCUGCACAUGGGGACGUGUUCUUCCCAUCUGAAGACGUCAUCCCAGAAUCCCCAGACCUUCUGCAGUGAAACCUCGUUCAUCGCUCUCAAAGUGGAAUUUUUAAAAAAAGGGCUGCGAUUCUCUUCCUCUUCUCUGUGUCCUAACAGCGAUGCCACCGCCUCUCCUCUGCUGGGACUGACUGGCAGGAGGGAGCGCCGCGGCGUUUUCCAUUGACCUCCACCUGCAGAGGGUUAGAGCUUUUUCUGUUCAGACAUUUCCUCAGAAUGCUGGGAACGACCGUCCUGCUCCUGAGGAACCCGGCUGAGGACGGAGACGUCCUGCAACGUGGAGCGCUGAUGUGGGCGGGGUCUAAAGUUCUUCACAGUAACCCAGCCACGCCUGCUGGAGGAGCCGGCCGUCGUCUAUAUGUCAGAAAUAUGCAGUAGAAAUAGAAUAAAAUGUUGUUUUGAUGGUGAAAUGCUGCACAGAGGUCAGAAAUGUGCGUCUGUCACUUCAUUCUUGGCUGCUUGGAGCCUAAAACCAGCCCUUUUUGAAGGCAAACUUGUCCUUCUCUGGCGUGUCACUAUCAUUUAUAUUUAAUGAAGCACAGCAGUGCAGAAUAAUCACAGAAAUACUUGUAGAAAAUGUUUGCUUUAAAUUACCUUUGAAUGUUUUGGGUUUUUCUUGACCCUGCUUUGACACCUUCUCUACUUUGUGUCAUUUAACUGAAAACAUUUCCCGCUCUGCCUGUUUUCAGUACUGAAGUGCCAAAGUGAGUAUUAAUACGUUCAGUAGCAGUCAGUAGCAUUACAGCUCUCCUUUGGAUGUGUUAAUACAUGUGUGGCAGUCAGACUGAGAUCAACUAAUGUGUGAUAUCAGACUGGAUCUGUGUGGACUGAAGAGCAACUGCAGAUGACAUCCAGGUGGAUUUAUCAAAGCAGAGGAUUCUGUCCUCCGGCUUUUUAUAUUCGGCUUGAGUAUUUGUGUUGAUUAUGUUUUUGUGAAUGUUAUUCUCACUCCUUUGCUCGGGACGUUCCUCUGUACUCGCGUGAGCUGCAGGAGGCUGGUGUCACAGCUCAGACCAGAACUUGUUUGAACCUUUUUCAAAACCGUUUCUCUUAGCUUGUGAAAUAAAACGGGGAUUUUCAGCCUUGUGUCUUGCCUCUUAGAUCAAUGUUUCUCCUAAAAUUGUUUCCAUUCAAGGACAGAUUAAACUUAUUAUCUAGGGGGCAUCACAGAUUACACAAGGCUGUUCUACUCGCAUGCCUUCAGAGGAAUCUGACAUUGAAACAGAAUAUUUCGUUUCAUCAGAAGACAGAGCAAGACAGCAGGAGACGAAGACCAAACCAAGCACACAGAACCUUUAUUUUCAAAGCAUUAAAGAACCUAAAGAUACUUUAAUGUCUGUAGAUAAGGUAACAUUUAGGAACCAUGAUGUGGGUUUUCCUGUUGACACAACAAGGAGCUUCCUGUGUUUUUCACAGUCGUAUCUGUAAGCAGCUGUUUUGGUAUUUUUCACAAUUAAAUUAAUACUUUUUGGGGUUUUA